GACUGCGGCUUCCUUAACCUGGCCCGCCUUGGUAGCUGCUCAAAGGCGUAAAGUGUCAGCCUGCGAGUUGUAGGGCAUGGCGCUGGCGGCUCGACUGUGGCGCUUCCUCCCUUUGAGACGUGGAGCCACCCUGGGGUCUUGGCUCCCCAUGGGGACUUCCGGCAGCCGCGGACAGUGCGGCCCCGGGCAAUUCCGCGUCUCUGAGGUAAUGAGAAACCCAGGAACUUUCAAAAGAGGCCUUUUAGUCUCAGCCUUGUCUUAUUUGGGUUUUGAAACUUAUCAAGUCAUUUCUCAGGCUGCUGUGGUUCAUGCUACAGCCAAAGUUGAAGAAAUUCUUGAACAAGCAGACUACCUAUACGAAAGUGGAGAAACAGAAAAACUUUCUCAGUUGCUAACCCAAUACAAGGAAAGUGAAGAUGCAGAGCUACUGUGGCGUUUGGCAUGGGCAUCACGUGAUGUAGCUCAGCUUAGCAGAACCUCAGAAGAAGAGAAAAAGCUAUUGGUGUAUGAAGCCCUAGAGUAUGCAAAAAGAGCACUAGAAAAAAAUGAAUCAAAUUUUGCAGCUCAUAAGUGGUAUGCAAUCUGCAUUAGUGAUGUUGGAGAUUACGAAGGCAUCAAGGUUAAAAUUGCAAAUGCGUACAUUAUCAAGGAACAUUUUGAGAAAGCAAUUGAACUGAACCCUAAAGAUGCCACCUCAAUUCACCUUAUGGGUAUUUGGUGCUACACAUUUGUUGAAAUGCCUUGGUAUCAAAGAAGAAUCGCCAAAAUGCUGUUUGCAGCUCCUCCUAGUUCCACCUAUGAGGAGGCCUUAGGCUACUUUCACAGGGCAGAACAAGUGGAUCCAAACUUCUAUAGCAAAAACUUGCUUCUUUUAGGAAAAACAUACUUGAAACUACACAACAAAAAGCUUGCUGCUUUCUGGCUAAUGAAAACCAAGGACUAUCCGGCACACACGGAGGAGGAUAAACAGGUACACACAGAAGCUGCUCAGUUGCUUACAAGUUUGAGUGACAAGAAUUGAGAACUUUUGAGAGAAGAAAAUACAUGAAACAUGAUAAACAUUGCCUUUUCAUUGAAUU